AUGCUAGAACUAGUGAUCUCUCCCAGCCUUACUGUAAACAGCGAUCGUCCGGGUAAACUGAAGGUUAACUGUGCCGACGCUGAUGUCUGGACUCUGAGUGGCAUAGAAGGCAUCACUACAUCGGCUCUGAGUGUGUCCCAGGUCUUUGCAAGACCUUGCCCACGUGUCCUGCCCAGCCAGCAUCCCACGGCCAUGGCAGCCUACGGCCAGACUCAGUACAGUGCGGGGAUCCAGCAGGCCACCCCCUACACAGCUUACCCACCUCCAGCACAAGCCUAUGGAAUCCCUUCUUACAGCAUCAAGACAGAAGACAGCUUGAACCAUUCCCCUGGCCAGAGUGGAUUCCUCAGCUAUGGCUCCAGCUUCAGCACCGCCCCCACUGGACAGAGCCCGUACACCUACCAGAUGCACGGCACAGCAGGGAUCUAUCAAGGAGCAAAUGGACUGACCAACGCAGCUGGCUUUGGAACUGUGCACCAGGACUAUCCUUCCUACCCCGGCUUCCCACAGAGCCAGUACUCCCAGUAUUACAGCUCGUCCUACAGCCCUCCUUACGUCCCAGCCGGCAGCAUCUGCGCCUCUCCCCUCUCCACGUCCACCUACGUCCUGCAGGAGGAACCUCAUAACGUCCCCAGCCAGAGUUCUGAGUCGCUUGGCGGUGAAUAUAACACGCACAAUGGACCUUCCACGCCAGCAAAAGAGGGAGACACAGACAGGCCGCACCGGGCCUCUGACGGGAAGCUCCGAGGCCGGUCUAAGCGGAGCAGUGACCCCUCCCCAGCAGGAGACAAUGAGAUUGAGCGUGUGUUCGUGUGGGACUUGGAUGAGACAAUAAUUAUUUUUCACUCCUUACUCACGGGGACUUUUGCCUCCAGAUAUGGGAAGGACACCACGGCGUCCGUGCGCAUCGGCCUCAUGAUGGAAGAAAUGAUCUUCAACCUCGCAGAUACACAUCUGUUCUUCAAUGACCUGGAGGACUGUGACCAAAUCCACGUGGACGAUGUCUCAUCCGAUGACAACGGGCAAGAUUUAAGCACCUACAACUUCUCCGCUGAUGGCUUCCACAGUUCGGCCCCGGGGGCCAACUUGUGCCUGGGCUCUGGCGUGCACGGCGGCGUGGACUGGAUGAGGAAGCUGGCCUUCCGCUACCGGCGAGUGAAGGAGAUGUACAACACCUACAAGAACAACGUCGGCGGCUUGAUAGGAGCUCCCAAAAGAGAGACCUGGCUACAGCUCAGAGCCGAGCUGGAAGCUCUGACGGACCUCUGGCUGACCCACUCCCUGAAGGCACUAAACCUCAUCAAUUCCCGGCCCAAUUGUGUCAACGUGCUGGUCACCACCACUCAACUAAUUCCUGCCCUGGCCAAAGUCCUGCUGUAUGGACUGGGCUCCGUGUUUCCUAUUGAGAACAUCUACAGUGCAACCAAGACAGGGAAGGAGAGCUGCUUUGAGAGGAUAAUGCAGAGAUUCGGCAGAAAAGCCGUCUACAUCGUGAUUGGCGAUGGCGUGGAAGAGGAGCAGGGGGCGAAAAAGCACAACAUGCCUUUCUGGCGGAUAUCCUGCCACGCGGACUUGGAGGCGCUGAGGCACGCCCUGGAGCUGGAGUAUUUAUAG